AUUAGAUUCAUCCGCGGGUCACUUUCAAAGGACUUUCAUUGAAUAGAGAAACAUCUAGGCCUCUUGAUAAUUUCGAGUGGAUUCAUUUAAAACGCAACAAUUAUUUUUAAGCUCGUCAAGGAUUUCAGGAACUGCGAUGUAACAAAAAUAAGGUAAAAACUGAACCCAUAUCGACAACACUAUCGAGUAGUUGUACAGCAAUAUUCAUAAGGGUGAAGCUGGAAAAUGUUACUGAACGUUAGGUGUGAAUUGUGAAAGGUGCAAAAGUGCACCUGGAUUGAUGACUGUAGGUUUAAGUAGCUCUCCAGGGUGCUGAAGUUGAAUCUCAACGCCACUGACGAGCCUCAUCAAACUCUUGUUUGUGAGCGGAGAUCUACUCAACAUUUGUUUAUGCCCACUGCGCGACUGAUGCUGGAGAACUCUAUGAAGGAUAUAAAUCGACCUUAUAAAAGAAAACACUGGAGGAAAGAGGUAAAACUUUGUGAAAAUGUUUUCCUGCACCAAGAGGCCCAUAUAAAUAAUGGUGUCUCUUUGUAAUAUCCAUCUCUCAUAACGUCUUCUGACGGAGGACAAUGCAACAUAUUCACCUCCCAUUCGGAGAUGCUUUAUGGGAGUUAUCCAGUUACCCCUGCUGCCCCGUUCUCAGGAGCAGACACAGCCUCUCUACGCUCCCAUUUUACAGCAUUACACUAUGGAUUAUUCUUGGUGUGUUGACGUUUCCAUGCUGUGUCCAAUGCCUGAUUUUCAAAGUAGGUGUCUUGGGGCCUUGGAACUGUGACCCUUAUUACGCAAAAUCACUUCCUGCCAUUGCGUCCAAACUGGCUGUUGGCCGCAUAAACGAGGAUUUUAGUUUAGAUCUGGGCUGCACAAUGGACUUUGUCAUCCUUCAGGAGGCUUGUGAGACAUCCAAAGCCUUGACCUCGUUUGUACAAUAUGAGAACAUGGUUGAUGCAUUUGUAGGCCCUACAAAUCCAGGAUACUGCAAUGCUGCGGUGCUCAUGGGCAAGAAUUGGGACAAGUCUAUAUUUUCAUGGGCGUGUAUUAACUAUGAGUUAGACCGGGUCCAGGGCUACCCAACAUUUGUUCGAACUUUACCAUCCCCGACACGGGUGCUUUUUAGUGUACUUAAGUUUUUCAGCUUGGCUAACAUAGCCAUCGUGUCUUCUAAUGAGGAUAUAUGGAUCGACACGGUUAAAAUGUUCUGCUAC